ACGCACGCACGUUGUCCUGACGAAAGCGAACGCUGGAAAUAGACUCUCUUUUGACAGAUCCGAGAGCGACUAGACAAAACCUUCCUCUCUCUCGGGGAUCUGUUCUUCGCAUUUUCUGUUCCGUGAGAGAGAGAGAAAAAAAAAGAGAAGAAAUGCCUCAAGGAACUCUGGAAGUUCUUCUUGUCAACGCCAAGGGUCUCGAAGACUCGGAUUUCCUGAAUAACAUGGAUCCUUACGUGGUUAUCACUUGCCGGACGCAAGAUCAGAAGAGCAGUGUCGCAUCAGGACAGGGAUCGACUCCGGAAUGGAACGAGACAUUCAUGUUCACUGUCUCCGAAGGAACAUCAGAACUGAAACUGAAGAUCUUGGACAAAGACACCGGCACUCAGGAUGACAGUGUCGGAGAAGCACUUAUUACACUGGAGCCGGUUUUCAUGGAGGGAAAGAUCCCACCAAAAGCAUACAAUGUGGUGAAAGAUGAGGAAUACAAAGGGGAGAUCUGGGUCGGCCUCACUUUCACUCCUCUGGAAACUCGUGAAAUUGAUUUUGAAGAAUCCUAUGGAGGCUGGAAGCAAUCUGAAGAAUCAUACUAAGUGAAACCAAACCAAGUGUUUGUUCUAUUGAUUGACAAUAAAAAUGAAGAGAGAACAAGUUUGUUUUUCUUUUGUCCGUUCCGUUUGGAUCUGUCUGGUUUGGAACUCAGUUUCUGUGUUUCUUUCCGUUCUGUUCUCAAGCUUUCUUCAAAUAUCUGUCAGGUUUUUUCUC